AUGCUGACCAUCAGCAUCGGGGGAUGUGAUGCGAACCAGCACCACUUUGCGAGCACGCUGUCCCCUUCAAAGCAUGCAUUCCCCAUUGAGACAAAGUACAACUUCCAAAAACAAUGGAACGCCAUCUGUGGUCCCUCGAGACGCCGUGCCCUGAGCAACUACCUCAAAGCACAAAAGAAAGCUCAGAACCUAGCCGCGCCGAACAAAAACCACCCAGGGCCACCAGAGUUGACAAAAAUGUCUCAAGAGCAGAAGGCUGCCGGGGCCGGUGGCUCCACCUCAUCGUCUUCGGCACAAGCACGUCAAACCCUGUUUGAUGAAGGCUUCGCCAUCCGCGCCGAGGUCACCGGCCCGCAGCACGUCGAGCGGUCGUGGACCAACGCCUCGGACUUCUCGAGGCCAAUGCAAGAGCUAGCGACGCAGUCAGGCUGGGGCCUGAUUUGGGGCCGGCCGGGGCUCGAUAGGCGGACACGGUCCCUGAUCAACGUGGCCCUGCUCGUCGCCCAGGGGAGGGACGCGGAGCUCGCCGUGCAUGUCAAGGGGGCGAUUAAGAACGGCGUGACUGAGACGGAGAUACAGGAGGCGAUCCUGCAGGCUUCCAUCUAUGCUGGGCUGCCAGCGGGCAUGGCGGGCACUCGAGUCGCGGAGAAGGCGUUGCAGGAACUGAAGGAUGAAGGGGGGAAGCAGGCUGAUUCUUGA